AUGAGACAGACUCCUUGCCAGAACUUGGAAUACCAAACCAUGAGGCAUAAACCACGCAGAGGAAAUGAUGGAGAGAAGACAGAGUAUGUGAAGUUAACACGUGUUGCUCCUGAUCGGUGGACAGGUGAGAGACCUGAAAUAUUUCAAGAAGAAGCAACACAGAAUAACAGGUUAAAAAGGCCUUACAGGAAUGCAGGAUUUCAUUCUCAGCCUGAGAUCCAAACAACUCAACAAAUACCAAGAAUUCCUGAACAUGACAGAAAUAAAGAUUUUCAAAAUUCUUUUAAUUAUCAGAACAUGUUGGAUAAUAACAUGCAGGAAUAUGAUCAGAACAUGUUGGAUAAUGACACACAGGAACAUGAGAAAUCCAGGACUCCUAUGAAAAAUAAAUGCUUUUCAAAGGAUCAGUUAAACUCAGAAAAGUACAGGGAAGAAUACAAAAACAAAUGGUCUUGCUGUGAAGAGAAAUGCUACUAUUUUUCUGAUAUACAUAAAACCUUCGAAGAGAGUCGGAAAUUCUGCACCAACCAGGGCUCCCAUCUGUUGAAGAUAGAAGAUGAGGAUGAACAGGAAUUUAUUCAGUCUUUGGUGUCUUAUUUUUCUUGGAUUGGAUUAUCUCGAAAAGGAAUUGUCAGCCCCUGGAAGUGGGAAGAUGGUUCUUUGCUACACUAUAAACUAAAUCUGCAGAAUUCAAACAUAAACAACAACAACUGUGCAUAUGUCACAGCAAACAAAGUAGUUGCCUCAGUGUGCACCAAGCAACUUUUCUUUAUUUGUGAGAAGAAUUAUACUUAG